AUGGAGGACACUCUGACCAUCGUGGCUGAACAUCUACAGGGACAGCUGGUCUGGACAGCCCUUCAGUUCAGCUGCGUUUGUGUCUCCAGCUGUCUUGGAAGCAUUAGCAGUACAGACGGUUCUGUCCCCCUGGCUGAAAUGGCAGCCUCGCCUCAGUCUCCCUGGCGAGCUGUGCAUCAUUAA